AGAGAAGCUAAAGACUAGGGGGAGUAUCAGCCUAACAGAGCAAUAUAGGUAUCUUUCAUGUCUUGUAAGGAGUGAGACUUGUUUCUAUAUCUUGUUCUGAUCUGCAAACUGUGUUGGUCCUCCUGUGGCUACAACAUAGUACCAUAUCUGAUCUCACUAAAUACUUCUUCACCUUGCCUCCCAUCCACAGCCUCUCAAGCUUUCUCCGUGUGUUGACAACCUUCUUGUUUCUCUGAGCUACCGAAGGGGAAGAUGAUUCUGGUGUUUUUACUUUGUUCAUGAGAGCAACAGAUGGAAAAACCAGUGGAGUCAAAGCCUUCAGAAAUGGGAUCAAAACUGCAUGGCAUCUGUGUUCAAGAACUGCUGUAAUGUAGUGGCCACAGAAUCUACAUCAAUAUAUUGCUGAAGGCAGGCCUCUGGUGUUGUCUGAAGCAGCUUUGCUCAUUCAUGGAGGAAUUUCUUGAGCAUUACAAUAGGGACUAUGUAAGGAAUACCAUGAUGAAGCAUCAAGAGAUCUUCAGACAUCAGAUAAAUGAACUUCAUCGGCUAUAUCGAGUUCAGAAGAUGAUUAUGGCUGAGCUUGGAAGCAGCAAGUUUGAGCUCCAAUCCCACAGCAAUGCAACUUCAAGAAAGCCGAAUUCUGAUACAAGCACAGCAGAUUGGAUCAGUUUAUCUACCUCAGAGACUUGCCAUGCUUCUUGUGUUAGUGAUGCACAUCAGUUCACAGAUCACAUUAAUUCUGAUUGCAGAUACAUGCUUCCAUCUGGUAACUGGUCAGGUCGGAGUGCAAAGGAACUGAUGACCCGCUAUGAAGAUCCUCGUAGAGUGAGCAAAGGUCUCGAUCUUGAACAGCCUGCUGAAGAAUUUACUUUCACAGAAGCAUGGACCAUCCAAGAUCAAGCUCUCAUGUUUAAGAAACAGCUGAAGGAUAACAGCAGCAAGCUUAAAUGCCCACAUAACUCAUGGCUUGAUGAUGAGAGUGAGAUUCAGUUGACAUUAGGCAUUGCCUGUGGAACAGAUAAGAGGCCAUCAGAUUUUUCUGCAUCCAAAUUCUGAUUCAGGGUGGCUGCUCAAAGCCAGAGAUUUCAAGCAACAUCAGGAAUCUGCAGAUUGCUUUUGUAGAGAAUUACCUGAGUGAAAAACUUGGGUACCAUCUUUGCAAAAACUCGAGCUGAAAACUUCUUGAAACUAAUUUGGGGAAUCAAUGACUAGGCCAAUAGAAGAGUCUGAUUAUGAGGCCGAGAUCUGAUCCACAGAGAAACUUGCAGAAUUUUCAAUGGCUCUCUGAUCUUCUUUCUGAUUGGCAUCUGGUCUUGUUCCAGCCUUUCAUGCAUCUGGUCUUUGUGAUUGGCAUUCCAAGAGUUCAGCUGGGUUCAACACUUGCUCUGGUGCAGGCUGCUGAUCGAGAUGUCAGUUAAUUGGAGGAAUGAGAGAAUUUGACAUUGAACCUCACAUUAUUUAUUGAUCAGGCUUCAAAAGCAACCUCUUCUCUUCCUUGGUCUUGAGGUUGAAUUUUUCUUGGCCAGAACUUGCUGGUCUCAACAAAAAUAUUAGUACAAAUUAUUUAUAUUGUAAAAGAAAAUGGAUAUGAAUAACUUCUCAUACCACAUAUUAUUCCAUCAGGCAUGCA